CAGAGCCAGCGUCUUGCCUUCGCCGGCGACCCAAAAGCCGAAAGCCCGAAACCAGGAGCAAGACCGCGGGUAGGGUUCUAGCUGCCGGCGACGGCCAUGGCCGCCGCCUCCGCCGCCCCGGCCCUGCUUCGCCGCCUCCUCUGCAGCUCCACCCCAGCCUCCGCCUCCGCCUCCGUUGUGCUGCGCGCUGCCUUUUGCUCCUCCCCCGGCUUCGGCCCGUCUCCUCCGUCCUCCAUGUUCGGCGACGGCACCGAGGUCGCCAACGUGCCACCGCUCACCACGCCCAAGCUCUUCGUCAGCGGCCUUUCAAGGUUAACAACUGAUGAGAAGCUCCAGGGUGCAUUUGCUCCUUUCGGGAGGAUUCUCGAAGCAAAAGUGGUGACGGAUAGAGUUUCUGGGAGGUCAAAGGGUUUCGGUUUCGUGAGAUAUGCCACCAUAGAAGAGGCUGAGAAAGCGCGGCAGGAGAUGAACGCCAAGUUUCUGGAUGGAUGGGUCAUCUUCGUUGACCCUGCCAAGCCAAGGCAGCCAAAGCCCGCUCCUGAGCAGGACACCAGUUCCUCGCAUGUUGGCUUCACGACGAACAAGACUGUAGGAUGGUGCGGCUAGGUGGAUUGAUCUUUGAUCUUUCACAGCACAAAACUUGGAUGAUGGAUACCCGAGAGUAGGUCUGAUUGAGGAUACUAUCAGAAACAGCCAAGUGUAGACAUGGCCGGGCAAUGCAGAUAGCUGGGGACAGUUCUCCUAUGUUUGGCCUCGUUGUUUUUGCGUUCAUUCAACGUCGUUGCUCUAGCGCAUGAUGAUGAUUGGUGCAAAGUUGAUUAUUCUAUUUUUUUAAAAGUUUAAGGGCAUAAGCCCCAGUCUUUCAAGUAA